CGUAUUUGUCCAAGGCCGUCUAGAUAACCCUCAGAUAUCGGGACGGGCUUGAUUUGCGCUCCAAUCCCUCACCCCCUUUCUCUGAGCUAACUGCUGUCAUAUUUAGGGAGAUUCCAACCAUUAAAAAAAAAAAAAAGACAUAGCAGCCUACCCUUUCCAGUUUAGCAUAUUAUUACCUAUAGAUACAUUUGUAGACACUUUAUCCAAUAACGACAAAUAAAUUAUGGAUUUUAUCGACGUAGACGCAAUUCGUAAAAAUGCCGCUGAUUUCUGUACAUUUCUAUGGAAUAGCCAAACGAAGGAGUUUUUAGGGCGAGGGAGAAAAAGUUGGUUUGAGAUUACAGUUUUCUAUAUCAUCUUCUUCGGCGUUCUGAGCGCAUUCUUCGUUUCCAAUGUCGUCAUUUUUAACAAGACCAUAGACGAUGUUGAGCCAAAACUCCAAGGAGACAGCAGUUUAUUACGUGGGAAUCCAGGUUUGGGAUUCCGCCCAAUGCCUGAUAUUCAAACCACCUUGAUACGUGUGUCACAUGAUGUUAAGGAGCUCGAAUCUUACGUCAAAAGCAUCAACACGAUAAUUCACAAGUACCAAAACCAGACAGAUGCUGUAGACUGCAGCAGUAUAAAUGAGACAAGACCACUUGCUAGAGACCAUUGCUACUUCAACAUCUCUGCACUGACAGAACAUUGUAAUGAAGAAAAUGGUUAUGGCUUGAAAGACGGACAGCCUUGCGUCCUAUUGAAACUAAAUAAAGUGUAUGGCUGGACGCCAAAUCCAUGGACAAAAACGGAAAUUAGGACAGAGUCUGAAGUUCCUGAGUACAUCCAAAAUAUCUACACACCAGAUCAAAUCUGGGUGCACUGUCAUGGAGAGAACGCUGGAGACGUAGACAACUUGGGACACGCCAGUGAGAUUAAGUACUACCCACAACAAGGAUUUCCUGUGGCAUAUUAUCCUUACCUAAACCAGGAAAACUACCGCUCUCCUCUUGUAUUCGUCCAGUUCCGGAAUCUUACCAAACACGUUGGCAUCAUGGUGGAGUGUAUCGCACUGGAUAGGAAUAUCAAGGUGGACAAAAAAGAUAAAGAAGGCAGUAUCCACUUUGAGCUGAUGGUGGAUUUGUGAUCUAUUUUUGUUUAAUUAUUAAUUAUUGUGCAUAUCAGAACUAUGCUGACUUGUUGCGAAUAGGAACAUUUGUUGCGAGUGUGUGUGUACAUCUGACCGAUGUCGUUUUUUUAUAUUUCACCUGAUUCAUUUUGAAUUGUGUAUGUUUUUCUUUUUUUU